AAAGGGAUUUGACAUGCUAGAAAUAAAUGAUGUUCCCGCCCGGUCUCGAACCGGGGACCUUUCGCGUGUUAGGCGAACGUGAUAACCACUACACUACAGGAACUGUUAGGCGCAACAGAAAAUGCUGGUGUGUGGCAGUUUUUGCCACUUGCACAAUGUUUGGGUUAUAUAUUUUAAUAUAAUAACUGAUACAGUAUGUGAAACAAUUACUAUAAAUAAGCGUUCCUUUCGCCAUAGUAGGAUUCGUAGAAAAAAUAUGUAGUACAACAUUCGUACGUAACAUGCUAACCGGAAGUCAGUGGCACUAGCGGUGGCUAAUCAACAACGAUGUCAAAAAUCUCCAACCAUGCAUGCGACAGAAUGUAAACAUCACAUACAAAAACCGAUAUGACCACUUACCACAAAAUUGUUUAAUUGUUUCAAUGGAAGUUAAUUAACAAGGAGCCAAAAAGUGCAACAUUACAGAGGUGUGUACUUUACCUUGGUUACGAGGAUUUAUAGUGGUUAAAUGAAAACACUCACGCUCUGAGGCUGUAAUGUGUGACCGACACAUCUGUUACAACUGAACUGCAGAUAAAGAGAAAAUAAUCGGGUGAAUGAGUGAGGCUGACUUCUUCCCCUCUGCUGAUAUGGCAGAGAUCAAUCGAAUCCAUUAUGAACUUGAAUAUACAGAAGGCAUCAGUCAACAGAUGCGGAUCCCGGAGAGGCUCAAAAUUGCCCCCAGCCUAUCAGAGGAACUGCCUGGCUCCCUUAUACGUGGAUCCCACACUACCAUGAUGCAUGUGCCAGAGCGGAUUGUAGUUGCAGGAGAUUGCAAUGACGCUCGCUUCAGUAGACCAAAAGAUCUGGAUCUGAUUCAGUCCACGCCUGUAGAGACAGUUGAACUGAAGACACCACCACAAGUUCUCACCCUCAACGAUCAACCCCUGGACUUCCUAGAGCCAGAACCAGUAGCCAAUGCCACUGCCCAACAAAGAGAAGAGAUGCGAUCUCACUUGAGGUCAAGGAAGGAGCACUGUAGGAGUGAGAACGCUACAAUGCGCCGCAGUGGGCAAAUAAACAAACAUGAUUUUGCAAGCCCAUCACCAUCUCGUGGUCUGGUUCGUGUCUGUCCUCCUCUCAUUAGCCCUGAGGACAGUCAGAAUCUUAACGGUGCCAGUGGGGUCCUCAACUACAUCAAGAACACGACUCGCAGGGCCUACCAGCAAAUCCUGGAGGUGCUGGACGACAGUCACCGCAGUCUGGAGAACACUUCCGAUGAUGCUGUCUUAACAGAUGCUGCAUUAUUGCGACGACAGAUCAUAAAGCUGAACCGAAGACUGCAGCUGCUGGAGCUCGAGAAUAAAGAGCGAGCCAGGCGUGAAAUGGUCAUUUAUUCUCUCACUGUUGCAUUCUGGGUAGUCAACUCCUGGAUCUGGCUGCGACGCUAGAAUGCUCUUUGCACUCAUAUUUAACAAAAUAAAGUUCAGCUAAAAUAUUUGGUAUUUUGCACUUUUUCAGUUAGCUUCUUAGUAAGUGGAAAAAAGUAACGCUACAGAAUUUUCAGUUGCACUUGCAAUAACCAAAAAGUCUAAUCAUGCUCUGAGAAAUAUACUGUAUGAUGUAAGAUGCUGUUUUUUGUAAAUGUUUUAAUAUGUGAAGACAAUUUUGUGGUCCAGUGCAGUGUGUUACGAUGUACUGUAAAUGCUGUAUUAUUCUGUUGGGUAUUGUUGUUAAUACCUGGAAGCUGAAACUUAUCUUUCAUUUAAAAUACUGAAUCAUUAUUUAUGGAACAAUAUAUUUAACGUUGUGGGAUCACCAAAAAUGAAAGGUCAAAUUCAUGCAUCAUCUGUGUCUGUGAAUUUCAGACUGUGUGCACAGUAUGUGGGUAGUUGACGAAUAAAUGUGUCCUAUGGUGUGACAGCAAAAAUUCAGAAACAAAACUAGCGAGAGAGAAUUAUCUUUAUUGUUAUUUUAUUUAUAAAUAUUAAUAAUAUAAAAAUGUUUGCUAUGUCUAAAAAAAUAGGACACACAUGUACGGUAUAUUUGUGUAUAAGGUAUAUUUGUAUAUAACUACCCAUGUGGAGGAAUCUAGUGAUAAUGAUUAUUAUUAUGUACUGUAGUAAAUAAGCUUUUUGUAUAAGCUUUUUGAGAGUAUGUGCCACAAAUUUAGGAACUGGCGUGUCUUAAAGAGUGAUUAAAAUGUUUUGGAAAUGUGGUUAAUGUGAUGG